ACGCAGCUGGGUGGCCCGGUGUAAACUGUGCAUGUCAGUUUCAUUGGGAUACGAAUAGCUUGGUUGAACGGAAGAAAAAUGCCGGAGCUAGCAGUCGAGAAGGUCGUCGUCCAUCCCUUGGUGCUGUUAAGCGUGGUGGAUCAUUUUAACAGAAUAGGGAAAGUUGGCAGUCAGAAGCGCGUGGUGGGUGUGUUGCUUGGCUCAUGGCAAAAGAAAGUCCUUGAUGUGUCAAACAGUUUUGCAGUGCCAUUCGAUGAGGAUGAUAAAGAUGAUUCUGUGUGGUUUUUGGACCAUGAUUACUUGGAGAAUAUGUAUGGAAUGUUCAAGAAAGUGAACGCCAGAGAGAGAAUAGUGGGCUGGUACCAUACAGGUCCAAAGUUACGCAAAAAUGAUAUCGCCAUCAAUGAACUCAUGAAACAGUACUGUUCCAAUUCAGUGCUGGUCAUCAUUGAUGUAAAGCCAAAGGACCUGGGUUUGCCCACUGAAGCCUAUAUAUCUGUGGAAGAAGUGCAUGAUGAUGGAACUCCCACAUCGAAGACUUUUGAACAUGUGACCAGUGAGAUUGGAGCGGAGGAGGCAGAGGAAGUCGGUGUAGAGCAUUUACUCAGAGACAUCAAAGACACAACCGUGGGAACUUUGUCACAGCGCAUUACCAACCAAGUCCAUGGGUUAAAAGGGCUCAACUCAAAGCUCCUGGACAUCAAGAGCUAUCUGGAUAAAGUGGCUACUGGCAAACUGCCUAUCAACCACCAGAUUAUCUACCAGCUGCAGGAUGUUUUCAACCUGCUACCUGAUGUUAACCUGCAGGAGUUUGUCAAGGCAUUCUACCUCAAGACCAAUGAUCAAAUGUUAGUGGUGUAUCUGGCCUCCCUCAUUCGCUCUGUAGUGGCCCUCCACAAUCUUAUUAAUAAUAAGAUCUCCAAUCGUGAUGCUGAGAAGAAAGAGGGUCAGGAGAAGGAAGACAGCAAAAAAGAGAAGAAAGAAGAUAAAGAUAAAGAGAAGGGUGAUGUUUCAGCCAAGAAAGAUGACAAGAAGGAGAAGAAAUGAUCUGGUACUUCUGGCAAAGGACUGAUAUAACACUUGCUACAGCAGAGACUAAUGGAUUUUGUUCUUUACAGUCAAUUUGUUAUCUGGGAAACAUUUAUAAUGCCAGAUAUUACUGUAUACAAAGUUGCUUGGGCAGUGUUAUGUUUUUUUUUAAUAACAAGGACUAUUUUCAGCCCUUCUUGACAAGUAAGGUGAAUGAAAAUAAAGUUCCUUUUCUGAAAUGUCUCAGUAA